GUCGUUACUGCGCCGUCUCCGUUUCUAAUCGGACUUCUGCUACCUUCGAACCACGCUGGUGGUGACUUUGUGCGAGACCUUUUCGCAUCUCCGGAACUCAACUCUGAAGGACUGCUUGUCGUCGACGUGGAUAAGAAACGCCUGGUGAAGAGCAUUGGGGACGAGUCGACAAUUUUGCCGAGGAAAGUUCGCAAGUGUCUGCAAACUGCUCUGUCCCUCGCGGACACGUUUCUGGCAGCUGUAAAAAAUUCGAGCUCCCGUUUGUUUCUCGCGUGGUUCGUGGAAACUGCCAUGUUCUCGAUUUUCAUUGACAAUCGAGUUUUGUCUGCAGAGAGACACGACAACGAUUUGUUUGAUUAUCGAGCAUUGGAGCACCAAAGUGACGGCAGCGGAAAAAACAUCUUCAAAACCAUGAAGCAUUUUGGAAAAACAGUGAAAACACUGAGUGAUAAAUGGAAGGAUUGGAAAGCAACGACAGCAUCAACUGCAACUUCGACUUGAACAGCUCUUUUUUUUUUUUUGAGGAUUCCACGAUCCAAAGGCGGCAAAGAUUUUCUACUCGCUAAGCUUUUCCAACGUGGAUCAUGGAUUUUAUUUUCGAGAUCCUAAUACUCGGGGCAAUGCUUGUGUUUUUAUGUGAUAAGCUGAAUUUUUCGUUUCGAGAAGCGUUCGAAAACGUCGCGAAAAUACGUAUCAGGCAGUUUUUUGAAUCCAUGAUUUGAGCAUGAUAUAGACUUAACCAUCGCGAAGAAAGUCGAAGUCAACAUUUACGCGUGCGUUUGAUAAUUUGAAAGAAAAAAAGCCUGAGAGGAUUUAAGAAGAUUUUUGUUGAAAGCGAAACGACGAAAGCAAUUUGUGAGCUGCAAAAAGUCUCUCAUCAGCGAAGGCAAAAGGUACCUUUUUUUUGCGCGAAAUCUGGAGGAGAAAAUAUCAGUCUUCACGCAUUGUCGCACGAGUGAUUUUUCCAGCGAGCUCGGUAAUUAUUGAAUGUGUUUUACUUUCUCGCCGUUUUCAUUGAAGAAAACAAAAAUAGUGGCAAUGAAGAUUUGAGGGAAAAUGCUUACGAA